AUGCCAAUGCCUCGAGACCGAGAAGAGCGAGCUGUUCUCAAGGAAAGCUCAGAUUCAGUAAAGAAGAUUAACAACAUAGACUACGGAAUAAGAAUUGCAGUUCCUAAGGUCAAGGUCGAGAAAGACCAUGAAAAGUUCACCCCAGAUCCUUUACUUCAUUUACAGCUCUCGCUGAAACAGCUGAUAAAGAGAGGGAGGAGGAAAACCCAGGCUCCCACCUGGGCAGCUUCUGGGUCGCUGAUCAGCAAACAGCAGCUGCAAACAGUCAAAGACCGGUUUCAGGCUUUCCUCAACGGGGAAACCCAGAUUGUGGCGGACGAAGCCUUCAUGAACGCCGUCCAGAGUUACUAUGAGGUGUUCCUGAAGAGUGACCGCGUGGCCCGCAUGGUGCAGAGUGGGGGCUGCUCUGCCAAUGAUUCCAGGGAGGUCUUCAAGAAACACAUUGAGAAGCGGGUGCGCAGCCUGCCCGAGAUUGAUGGCCUCAGCAAGGAGACUGUGCUGAGCUCCUGGAUGGCCAAGUUUGAUGCCAUCUACCGUGGGGAAGAGGACCCCAGGAAGCAGCAGGCCCGGAUGACAGCCAGUGCAGCCUCUGAGCUGAUUCUGAGCAAGGAGCAACUCUACGAGAUGUUCCAGAACAUUCUUGGGAUCAAGAAGUUUGAGCAUCAGCUCCUAUACAAUGCGUGCCAG